UUAGCUCUGACGUCAGAGAGAAGGAACUUCCAGGGAAUUUGUGUGUGUGGGCCAAGCUCCUGGGGGAGGAGAGCGAGGGGAGGAGAGCAGCACAAGGAGAGAGCGGAGUUUGUUACAAGUGCUCGGAGACCAUGGAAGUGCUCAGAGCCAUUGUGGAGGCAUCACCAGACAUUCUGUCCAUGCAGCAGGAGCAAGAAACCUUGGCGGCCAAAGAGCAAAAAGAGCAAGUCCUGAACCUGGUCACCAGUAUCCAAAAACAGUCGGAUGCCCUAGUGAAAGAAUAUCUCAGUCACCAAGGUGCCCCCUUCAGUAGCAAUGGCUUCUCCUACCCGUUACAUCAGCUUAAAGAUCUGCCGUGGUUGGACAUCAACCUGCUCCCUUCAUCCCCAUGGAAAAGCUUGGUGUUCAGCCUCUCGGCCUACUCCACUCUGAUUGGAUGGUUCGAAUCCACCCUCAAGUGGCAAAGAAAACUAAAUUCAAGAGCUCAGAAGCUCAUUGAUCAUCUAGAGGCUUCCUACCAACACGUGAGGGCCUUGAGCUCCAGCUUGUCCUCACUCCUACAGGAGCCUAUACCAACCUCCCAAGCCAUGCCGGAGAUCAAGGAGGUCUUCACACAAAAGGUCACUGGUUAUGGUGUGUGCCAGUGUUUCUGUGAUUGGAUGGCACAAACCAAACGAGAUAUGGAGAACCUGGUGGCGGAGACGUCGGUGUAGAUAUGGCAAAUUGAGUCUGACUCCUUCUUCGUGCUCUUUUAAUAUUUCCCAACAUCCAGCGACAACUAACCUACCUCAAAGAGGACUUUGUUUUUACCAAUGACUUUUAGCUGCAUCAACACUGGACACCAUUGGAUAGAAGGGGCAAGCAAGCCUGGAAGGAACCCCAUGAUAUUGCCAACUACAAAGUUCUUUAAACCACCUUCUCAAAUAUAUCCAUGUUGGCUUCAUAUUCUAAUUAUCCAACAGACACAGGCAUGUUUGCAGCUCCCCCGAACUUUUCACAUAUAUCUGCUUCCAUAAACGGGAAUGUUCACUUAAAGGAGAAGUAAAUGCUAUUUUACACAAAAGGAACCAAUUACACUGAUCCCUUUCCACCACUGCUCCACCGUGAAGAUGUCAGCCGAAUGAUGAAAUCUCCUUUUAGCAACUUUUAGACUAAUACAGUGACUUUCUAACAUCAUUUGCAACUCCAGUCUGGGGGUGCUCGGGGUGCUCGUCUGAGCAUUUUUUGGCAAUUUUCAUUCAUUUUUUGUUUUUAUGAUAUAAGCAGUUUUAUAUAAUAAAUGCUGAUGGGACUGACCCCUGCUGUUCUGUCCAGGUAGAGGCAGGACAGGAACAGCUUAAUGUUUUGAUGUAGGAAGCAUCUCCGGAUGCUCCUCUGCUCCGUUCCAUCAGUUUGGUGUAGAAACUGCUAAUAUCAGAAUUUUUUUUUUUAAAAAAAGUGGCCAGUAUAUUGCAAAAGUGCUCAGAAAAGCACAUUGAGCAAUUUUAUCUAUCUAUCUAUAUAUAUCUAUCUAUCUAUCUAUCUAUAUAUAUAUAUAUAUAUAUCUAUCCUUUAAAAUGAAGGCUAUAGGAAACUCAUCUAUACAAAUGAAGCUCAGAUGCAAAUAAGGAUUAUAGUAUCACCGCCAGUGGCUGUGAGGGGAUUUUGGGAAUUGUAGUCCAGAUUACCUAUAACACUAAAGGAGAGGUAUUCGGCAGACCUGCUGUUUCUUAGACUACAUCUCCCAGCAUCCCCUACCAGAAACGGGUCGUUCAUACAAAUUUCUUUACACUCCUUUAUCCAUGUACUUAAUAUUAUUUUUAGAUUUUUUUUUCCUGAAAUAAAAAAUAUUUUCUAUUAAA